UAUAGUACAAUACCGUGCCAAGUUAGUGCUGUUUAAUAUUUUUUAAGUAAAUAAGAUUAAGUUUUAUCGCUAAAUUCUUCAUCGCUAGUUACGUGAAAAAAGAAAAUAUCAUAUCUUCCAUAAAAACAAUGUCAAUUUGAAAUAAUCUCAUUCUUUCGGUAAAUAUCUUUCCGUAAAUACAAAAAAAAAUUUUCUCAUUAAUUGUCAAUUAUACGACCCUGAGUUAUUGCGUAGUAUCAAAUAUACAAAUUACAUUCGUGAAAGUAAUGAAAAAGAAAUUUUGGGAAGUUUCGAAAAAUAAUGAGAGGAAAGAAUAAUAUUAAAGAAAUACUUUCAAUAUCAAAUUAUUGUUCCUUGCUGCAAGAGACAAUGAAACUAACAAUAAGAGAAGAAAGUUAUGGACAGAUUAAGAAAGAAAUAAAAAGAUAAUAGUGCCGGACAGAACGGAACGGAACGGAACCGAACAAAGUAGAACGGAACGGAACGGAACGGAACGAAACGAAACCGAUCGAAUUGGAGCGGGAGCGGAAUGGAAUAGAACGGAACUGUAUAGCGUGGAGGACUUUGCGCGAGAAACAAAAGAGGGAGAGACGCGUGCGUACUUUGUACACGCGCGGAGGCGCUCUUAAAAGUUCAGAGCGCGAUAACAAUUUCCGUGCAUUGCGGAAAGUAGUAUUACGUUUAGUCAUGCCAACGUGUUAAAGCACGCACGCGGUCGGACGAGCGUGAAACUACGCGACGACAAAGACGAAGAGAAAAACGAAGAACUCUCGAGAUGGACACGUGACUCGUGUGAAAGUGAUUCUCGUUUGUUUUCGAAGAAGAUCCGGAAAAUGGCGGUAGAUUCGAAGACAGCCGUCUCGACAUCAAAUUCAACGACGAAUUCAACAAGCCCAUGGAAAGAGUUCAGCACUGCUUGUAUCGACGAUCCCUUCUUUCUUCUUUUUAAAAAUAUUUCUUAUAGCAGACGCGAAAGUGUCCUGGCGAGAGAAAGAAAGACAAUAUUAAGGAAUGUAAGUGGCGAUUUUAGACCAGGUGAACUCACGGCUAUUAUGGGAGCAUCGGGCGCUGGAAAAACUACACUCAUGGAUAUCUUGGCAGGUUUUAUUACGUCGUCCUUCGAGGGAAAUGUGAUCGUGAAUGACACCGAAAGGAACCUCGUCAAAUUUAGGCGUUCGUCGGCAUACAUUAUGCAGGACGACAAUAUCCAGCCUCUUUUCACAGUGGAGGAAGCUAUGCUUGUUGCAGCCGAUCUCAAGCUUACCUUGAAGCCUCGCGAAAGAUUGCGCAGGAUCGAGGAAAUUUUGUCUGUGAUGGGAUUGAAAGAAACGCGGUACACUCGCAUUGGUGACCUUAGCGGAGGACAGAAAAAAAGAUUGGCCAUUUCUUUAGAAUUAAUUAAUAAUCCGCCCAUUAUAUUCCUCGACGAGCCGACGAGCGGACUGGACAGCGUCACGUCGAAACAAUGCAUCAGAUUUUUAAAACGAUUAGCAUUAGAAGGACGAACCAUAAUCUGUACGAUACACCAGCCUAGUGCAUCGCUCUUCAAUAUGAUAGAUCAUCUUUAUAUAGUCGCAGAAGGGUAUUGCGUUUACACCGGUGGAACGCGUAAUUUGGUGCCAUAUUUGAGCAGUCUUGGUUUACGUUGUCCAACACAUUACAAUCCUGCGGAUUUUAUAAUAGAAAUAUGUAACGGUGAUUAUGGCGAUUAUCUUUUGAAAUUGGUCGAAACAAUUCAGAAUGGGAAAAGCAAUGCUUGGAGGUCGUCGGAGAACAUAAGUUCGAACAAAGCCAAGGAGAUAAUCGUUACGCACAUGUCAGCUUCCUCGAGAGUGUUAGAACAGAGUAAUAUACGUGUGCCUUCCUUUGAAGUAGAGUACAAGCAUACAACGUAUUAUGCGACAGGAUUUUGGAAACAGUUUCAUGUUCUUCUUAGAAGGAAUGCUAUUAAAUUAUUACGCGACAAGAUAUUGAUCCUCACACGGAUAUCGAUGCAUCUCUUUAUUGCGCUGAUCGUCGGUGCAAUAUUUUUCAGGAUCGGACAAGACGCCACUUACGUCUUAGAUAAUUUUAAUUUACUUUUCUUUAAUCUGAUGUUUCUAAUGUUCAGUGCCUUCAGCUCGACGCUCAUCACACUACCUUUGGAGUUGCCGAUACUUAUGCGAGAACAUUUCAAUCGUUGGUAUAAGCUUCGAUCGUUCUAUCUGGCAAACAAAUUCGCCGAUUUUCCAAUACAACUCACUGCAACGUGCAUAUACACACUAAUAGUAUAUUUCAUGAGCAAUCAAAUUUUGGAAACAAAAAGAUUAAUUCUUUACGUGUUGAUGUGUUUCGUCGUUACCUUGGUAGCUCAAGCGAUCGGUUUCAUCAUCGGUGCAGGAUUAACGGUACAGAACGGAGUGAUCUUUGGACCACUUAUAAUCCUACCAUUUACAAUAUUCAGCGGAUUUUUUGUACACCUUACUGAUGCACAUCCUUAUCUGCAUUGGUUGUUUCAUAUAUCUUUUCUCAAAUAUGGUUUUGAAGGAACAAUGAUGACAAUUUAUGGGUACGAUAGACCAAAAAUGCAUUGCUCUGAUGUAUAUUGUCAUUUUGCUAUGCCGAAACAACUCAUGGUAGCUGUUGGCAUGAAGCAAGUAGAUUACUGGUUUUGUAUGACCGUACUGAUCAUUUUGUACAUCGCCCUCGAUACAGUCGCAUAUAUUAUACUACGGGUAAGACUUAGAAAACGUAUAUAAUAAAUUAUAAUAAAUAAUUAAGCAAGACUGAUUACCAACAACUUGAAUUUAAGCAAUCAAACAAUAUGGACGUAAGAAUUAGAUGUAAUGCUUAUAAAAUGCAUCACAAUAUACUUACUUGUAUAAUA